AUCUCUCUCCAAUACACAACCCACACCCACGCCUCCACGCACGCACGCAGUCCGGCAUGGCCAAACAACCGGUCCAAGUCAACCUUCUCUUCCCCCUCCCCCUCCUCCUCGCCACACGCAUAUAUCAAAUAUGCACCUGCUUCUUAUAUGCUUCCAUUUCUCUUCUAUAUCUACUCCAUCUUUGCCUUCUAUUCUCUCUCUCUCUCUCUCUCUCUCUCUCUCUCUCUCUCUCUCUCAAAAUUAAGCGUCAUCUAUGUAUUAUCUAUCUAGCUACAGCUAGCUGCUUCAAUUCUGGGAAGAAGGAUUGGGUGCACCGCAAUGAGAAAACCUUGCUGUGAUAAGCAAGACACCAACAAAGGAGCAUGGUCCAAGCAAGAAGAUCAGAAACUUAUCCAUUACAUUCAAACUCACGGCGAAGGUUGCUGGCGUACUCUCCCUCAAGCUGCAGGCCUUCUACGCUGUGGUAAAAGUUGCAGGCUGAGAUGGAUUAACUAUCUAAGGCCAGACCUUAAAAGAGGAAACUUUGCCGAAGAUGAAGAAGAUCUUAUCAUCAAACUUCAUGCCCUCCUGGGUAACCGGUGGUCACUGAUAGCUGGGAGGCUGCCAGGACGGACCGACAAUGAAGUGAAGAAUUAUUGGAAUUCUCAUCUAAGAAAGAAGCUUUUAAGCAUGGGAAUUGAUCCAAACAACCAUCGCCUAAGCCGCAAUCUUCCUCGCCCUUCAAAUUCUCCGGCGUUCGAUGAUCUUGCAGCAUCAUCCGGUUCAAAAGCUCAAGCAUGCCUACAACCAUUAAUGAAAUCCAUGGCCGAUAAUGAUCAAGUGUCAGACACUGGAAGCUGUUUAGAGGAUGACGGAUGUGGCCUGCCGGAUUUGAACCUUGACCUCACCAUGACUGUUAAUCCUUCACUUUCACCUGCAAUCCUUGAAGACGACAAGAAAUAUAAUGGGACUAAAACAUCCAAAGAACACUACUUGACCUAGUGUUUCUCAAUCUCUUUAGUUAGCUGAUUAUUGAAACGUCAAAUUAUGUUGGAAUUAUUAUACAUAACUAUUAGGGGGUAGUGGUCGAUGUAUGAUCGGAAAAACAAAACCCUGUUCCUAUAGAUGCAUUUAAGGAAGAAAAUGAUGUUAAACAUGUAGUACGUACAUACUAAGUCCUGUGUCUGAGUAUGGAGCUGCAGUCCUCUGAUAAUUAAUCAAAAUUGUUGAUUGGCUCAA